AUGAAGUCCAGCUGCCUGUAUCAGCAUGAGACCCUGUUGAAAGCUCUGGAGAAAGCUGUUGUGCGGUGCAGUAAAGAUGCAGUGUUGUUGUACAGCAGAAUUGGAGGCGACGCCCUCCUGCCGUGUUUCAGCCCGGCCUCCCUCAACUGCUCCUUAAUCUCCUGGACCUUCUACCGAGGCGGGGAGCGCUACAUUGAGGAGGUCAGCGGGGGGCGGGUACGGGAGGACUCAGACAAGUCCAGCCGCUUGUCCGUCGCGCCCAACUGCUCUCUCGCCCUCCACGACCUCAUCGCCGACGACGCCGGCUCCUACGUCUGCCUGCAGCACGGACAGUCCAUCACCGCCGUUUACGUCUCUGUCCUUGCCAUCACUUCACCCUCCACCGUGACCGAGCUGCAGCCCGGACGACGCCUCGCCCUGAGCUGCACCCUUUUUACCUACUACGACGCUGUGCUCUGCAGGCGGCCCUCCACCGCGUUCAACCUCAACUGGGCGGCUGAGGACGGUGCUAUGCUGCGCAACGACACCAGGCACCAGCUGAUCUUCAACACCAGUUGCCACAUCACUCUGGUCACGGAACUCAAGAGGGAAGACAACAACAGGAAGUGGAGGUGUCAGACUCCGCCUCCUUCGUCCUCCUCAGAUGGUCCAGUCCAGCUGCCCAUCAGCCGCAUCGUGCUCUGUGUGGCUCUGCCGGUCAUGGUGCUCACAGUGGGAUUCUUCACAUGGAGAGGGGACCGUAAGAGGGCCAAAGCAUCUGCAGCUGGCAUCAAGCUGCAGGAAAUUAACUGA